AUGGCAACAGCUUCAGCAACGGUGUCACCAGCAAUGUUCACCAACACUACCACAGUGGCCAAGUCUAUGAGGAAAUCAUCAAACAAUGUGCAUUACAUUUCAGGAGUCAAUUCCUUUUCUGGACUCAAAGCGCAUAAUAGUGUGGCCAGUCUUGGUCUUCCUCAGUGUACUGAGCAAUCCUUUGCUAAGAUUGUGAGCUCCCUGAGAACUCCAUCACAGAACAAGGGCAGAAGUGGAGGUGCACUAUCAUCUACCUGCAACGCUAUUGGUGAGAUUUUCAAGAUUGCAGCAAUCAUGAAUGCACUCACUCUUGUUGGAGUUGCAGUCGGAUUCGUUCUUCUCCGAAUCGAAGCAUCUGUGGAGGAGGCAGCUGAGUGAAAAUCUCAGAUGGCUAGCCUUCAGUUGGUUUUGUGUUGUAUGAGUAUGACAACCUUGUACCUCUCUAUUUAAUACUUCUUUUGAUGUAGAAA